AUGGCCCAGCUGAAUGAGGCGGUUACCAGGUUGAGAAACCAGGCCAGGGAGGUAGCAGCGCAGAGGGGAGGCGGUACUGGAACGCCCGGGGUGAGAGAAGGGGCACGGGUGGAUGACCAGGGAUCUAGAACAGGCAAUGUCACGAUACAGCUCACAGAGCCCCCGCCUUUCGUUUUGCCGUCCCACAUCCAAUCCUUCAUAUCUCAACAUUCUCUCCCUCCUCUAACUCCAGGCCCUCAGCCCUCGUCUGACCCAGAAGCGUGGGAGGUUCGAGCACAGACUGUAGAGAAUAGGAUACAGCGAUUGUCACAGGCAGCCAGGGUGUUGCGCGAUCGUGCCCAAGCCCAAGGUGAACGUCGGCAGAGAAUGAUCGACAGGCCUUUGAGAUCAGACAGGCCACCUCAGAGCAAUGACAGCUUGGCACCAUGGCGACGGGCAACAGACGCGGCAGAUGCACAAGUGCAGAGGCUGUUGGAACCAUCCGACCAUUUUCUUCGAAGAAGGGACCGAGAAACGAUGGUCGACGGUAUCCGAGACAUGGAAGGGCUUAACAGCAAUAUAGGAAGUGAGCUGGAAGGCAUUGCUGGACAGAUUCACGGGCUUCUACUGGGCAAUGCUAGUGGCGCUGGCAGCGAAACUGCCACCGGAAGAUGUCAGAGGCGAGCUUCGAGGUCACAUAUCAGACGACACGAAAACCAGCAGCCAUUGAGGUCGAGUCGCAGUCGGGGGUGUGCUCCUACGAAUACUCGACAAGUUUCUAGGCAGCCGCCACCCCAAGUGAUCUGUACACCUCACACUGCUGUCGCCGAACCUGCUCCUGAUAUCACCCCUGAGCUUACCCCCGCCUCUCAGCCUACACCUGUACCUGCCAUGGGCAACACUGCAGCGUUCCUCGGCCAUCCCGCCCCCGCCCAAGCUCGUCCUUCCUCUCGUACCCCACAUUUCAAUCUACCUUCCCUACGUGAAGCCCUUGGCCUGGAAGAGCAUUCUCCAUGGGCCUUUGGGAGCGAACCCGAUCCAGAGGAUGACGAAGGUACCGUCCGCGGCACGCCCCCUCCAGGCGGACGAGUCAGGAUCGAACAGCUGGAAGAAAGUAUACAUCGGAUCGAGAACUCAGCGGAGACGAGUGGAGGGACGUACAGGUCUUUGGUCAAUGGCACUCUGCGCCCGAGUAGUCGUCCCGAUGGGGCAGCCAUCGAAGAGAGUGGAUCAAGUCUUUCACCGCAGUCGAACGGCAGGGAGGGUGCUGGAUCUGGGACCCUUCGAGGAGUUGCGGCUCGUCUGCGAGAGUCUGCCGACCGCCAAACUGCUAUCUCGCGUACGCCUGGGCUCGACGCCGCGAGGGCGCAGACAGCGUCUUUGCAGCCUUUUCCCGGUGCCAACCCUCCUAACGAGAGGAUGGAAGUCGCGGUGGAACUCGGGCCAGUGGUGUUCAUUGGCGAUGGCGACAGGGAAGGGGAUUGGUCGGACGACUCGUUGGAUGACCUUUUCGAGGGUUUGGAUCCGACUGCAGCGUUUGGCGAUAUCGGUGAUGUUUUGGCAGCAGGCAGCCCGGGUGGUGAAAGUGGUCACAACGGUGGAAGAUCAGAGAGGACAGCGCAGCAAGAGGGCAUGACUUUCCGAGGCAGGCGUGUCGCAGACCGCAUUGCGGCCUCUUCUGCUCCUUCUCCAGCUCCCAGUACUCCCUUCUCUGAUCCUAUCGUGCGCCAUUUACCGCGGUGGGACUAUCCCGCAGACGACUAUCCGUGGUUCCGGCCCCGGCGCCCCCGCAGCUUUCGUUCGGGAGACACUCUUUCUUCGGACGUACGACCAAUUGCGAGAGAAGCUUUGGGGCCAAAUUUUUUGGGUGGUCCUGUGGGAAGAUGGAGACUGGCGCCUCUGCAAAAUACGAGGGAAGAGGAUAGUGCGACGACGGGGUUGACUGAAGGUCCUUCCCCUGUCACUCCUUCUCGUGGUACCACUCUGGGUCCUGCUAGCUCUGCGGGGACUUCUUCGGCCCCAAACAGUACCCGUCACGAAGAGAUGAUGGCGCGCAUUCGCCACGCCCGUGAAGCUCUGCGAAAUAUCAGGGGACUGAGGGAAGACAUGGGAACUCAGAGGAGAGGACCGCCCGUGCCCAUGCCGGAAGUGAUGCACCGGGAGUCGGCGGUGAGACAGGUGAGAGAAGAGGCGGUGGCACCACAUGCGAGGAGUGAGGGAAUUCAGCCCGUACGAGGCGAAAUCACCAGCGAACCUGACGGUGAAGCUUCAGCAGAGGUUUCUACGGCUCAGCAAGGGUCAUCAAGCACCCAGGCAGGGUCGAGCAGGUCUGCCUAUAUGGUUUGCGACAGGGAGGAUUCGGAUUUUGGGAUCCAACAAUGGCCUACCUUUGACCGAUUGUAG